GAACCUAAACCCGACCAAGAAUUAGCAAGGAAGUGGGAGAAUGAACGUUCGCGUAAGCAGAUCUACCUCCACCAACCAACUAUAAAUGGUACUGUAGGUGGUACGAUAAAUGGUGCUGGGACAGUUGGAACUAUAAACGGAACUGGAACUAUCAGCGGAGGGACUUUUGGUGUUGAAUCAUUCGCAUCAAAGAAAAGAGAUCAAGAGGACUAUCACGAGGAGUUGCAGAGAAAACAAGCAAGAAUAGACGGUGAGAAUCUUCAACCUAUCUAUAACGUUCAAAUCCCUCCUCUACGCGUUGUCGCUCCUCCCCAUCCACCACGAACACCUGAACAUCAAAUAUUUUCUUCGA